AUGUUUUUGGAUGAUUUGAAGGAUUAUUUGUCGAAAUUGUUAGUUUCAUUGGUAUUAUGGAUAACUGAUGAUCCUGGCUCAUUUUUUAUGAUUUUAUUAUUAUUCAUUGCACCAUUCCUAUUAAUUACUGUUAUUCUUUCAUGGAAACUUCAUAAAGCAAUUAAAAUGGAAAAGAAACGUAAAAAGUUGCAGAAAAAUAAUGUACGACGUAAGAAGAAAGAAUAA